AUGCGGAAGCUAUUAUCGCUUUCCUGGGGUCUCUGGUCCGCGGUGCUCGUGGUCGGAGCCCUCAACGAGUCAAUCCGGCCGCUGUCUCUUCCAGCCAGCGGCUAUUGGGAGGGAAAUGAUGGCCAGUGGUCAAAAUUCAAUCUCCAGAUCGGAACUCCUCCCCAGGUCGUUCGACUGAUCACAGGAACCUCCGCCACAGCUGCCAACGUGAUUUGGACUGUCAUUCCUGAAGGAUGUGAGCAAGCGAACCCCGAUCUUGAGAAUUGUGCAUUUGCUCGUGGGGAGAACAAGCUAGGUCUGUCAGCAAAUGCUUACUAUGGCUUCGACACAGUCUCUUUUGGUCUUCCGGGCUCUGGUCUGCCGACACUGGAUAGUCAGGUCAUUGCAGGCAUAGCAACGAAUGACUUCUUCCUUGGAACCGUGCUUGGGACUCUGCGCAAUGCGAACAACAGCCUUGUCCCAAGCACGACUUGGGCGUACACAUCUGGCGCUGUGUACAAGAGCCCACCUGUCUUGGGCAGCGUGACCUUCGGAGGUUACGAUGCCAACAGGAUCAAUCUAAGUGAUUCAAACAGCGUCAGCGUGCCAUUCUGGACAGAUCCAUCACGCGACCUUUUGCUAGGCCUACAGUCCAUUACUUACGACACGCUUGGCAGCACACCACUACUCGUGACUGGCGUAUACGUGUUCCUCGACUCCUUAGUCGCGCAGAUGAAGCCUUUUGGCCUGGAAUGGGAUAACGUCACCGAACUGUACACCGUGAGCGAAGAGACAUUCGACGCUCACUCCGUACUACAACUCAAGCCAGCGAUACUUCCCUCUCAAGCGAGCACAGAACGAACGCAAUAUACUCUCGGUAGGGCAUUCCUGCAGGAAGCAUAUGUCAUCGCCGAUUACGACAGACGCAACUUCACAGUAGGCCAAGCGCUGUUUCCCUCCAUAGACAACAUCGUGCCGAUCCUUCCGCCUGGCGUGUCAACAUCUCGAAAGCCGUCCGGACUCAGCACUGGCGCAAUUGCAGGCAUGGCAGUCGGCGCGGUCGUUGCAUUGGCAGCACCAAAGUACAUUCCUGCCUCGACCGACGAGAAGCCUCCGUUGGAGCAGCUGGACAGCUCCUUUGAGCCAGAUCAAAAGGGCGUGAAUGCGUCGCCUCAUGUUGGAGAGCUUCGAGGCGACAGUCGGUACGGAGGCCACUCUGAGCUUUCGUCUGUGCAUCACAGGUCAGAGCUGGCUACGAAUGCAGGCGACUUGUACGAACUGCCCGGCCACGAUAGAUGUGAGCUUGCGGCAGGUGGCGUGGCUGCUACUGAGCUGGAGACGUCGCACCGAAGGUAG